AUUGCACAACACAGUAUUUAGAAUGAUGCUAAGCUAUAUUGACAUUGUACCCUUUUCCAUAGAUCAAGCCAGUCUUGUUGAGCAAGUGAAACGAGUCAAAGAAAUUGAAGCAAUUGAAAGUGACUCUUUUGUUCCACAGACAUUCAGAUCAAGCAAAGAAGUCAAAAAGGUCACAGAAUCUGCUGAUAUCAAAAGUGAACCUGGAAUAACAGAAGUGACAAAUGUUGGUCUGGCUGUUACUGAAAAAGAAGUAAAGCCUGGAAUUAUUCCUACUGCUAUCAAAUACCAAGAUGAAAACUCACUUGCCCAUCCCAAUUUAUUUAUCGAUAAGGCAGAAGCAGAAGAAAGAUGGUUCCAAAGGCUGAUUGCUCUUCGACAAGAGAGGCUAAUGGGCAGUCCUGUGGCUUGAGUGAAUUAAAUAGCCAACGUAAUUUCAUUGUUUUGUGCUGUAUAAAAUUUCAUGAUACAAUUGGAUGAGUAUAUAAAUAUUGCCUAAAAUGAAAGUGGGGUGAGGAGAAGUAUGAGAGGAAGUAUACUUCUGGAAUCAGCCAACAGAUUUAUGUCAUGUUAAAGGCAUUAAGUGAAAGAAUAAUGGCUAUUCGUUUACAAAACAAUUAUCUGUAGUCAUAUUUCAUGGUGUUCAUGUUCUUAGUAUAUUCUAGUUAUGGCUGAGACUCAAACUGCUCUGUAGGUUAUUUCAUACCUGAUAGGGCACUUCAGCUUCUCCCAAUGGCAGUUCCUCCCAAGUGCCUCCAUUCUGGCAGUUGUAUGUGAGAGACCUUAGCACCAACAGUGUAUGAGGGGUAAGAAGGAAAAAGAUUAUCUUCCUGCCUAAUAACUUUUUAAGAUUGAAUGCCUGAACAAUAGUGAGGAAGUAGUUGUAUGAAAAGUGAGAUUCUGAAGAUACCAUUAUACAAAUGAUGAUAUAUAAACACUUUUUAAAUUUAUGUUCAGUGGGUUGUUUGCUGGAUAUACUUCAGGUGAAAUGCAAACGGAAAAAAAGCCUUAUUUGUUGUCACCAGAUUUUGCAAAAUCAGUAUGGUAUUCAGCAGAAGACAUACACAAGGUUUAUAAAUAGUUAAUUAUAUCCACUAAAAUAAAAAAGAGGAAGUCUGAUUCCUCAUCAAAAGAUGUUACAUGAUUUUAGGAUACACAGUUGCUACACGGACAUGGAAAAGAAAGGAAUAUGCUGAAAGCAUUUAGUAUGGCAAGUAUGCUUUGAGGGGGCGGGGAAGGAUGCAGACCAUGCAGUUCUAAUCUUCCUAGAAAAUGUCUAAGCAUUUGACUAGAUCUUUUUAUUUUCCCAUAUAUUGGUGAACAUAAAGGGCAUUCAUUCUCAAAGCAUCAUAUUGCCAUACUUUGUUUCAUCCUUUCAAAUAUGUUCUUUCUUACAUGAAAGAUGAGUAAAAAGCUGAAGGAAUAAGAGGAAAAUCGGGUAAUUCAUCAGUCUAAGUCCUGAAUCAUGCGUACUCUAUUCUUACAUACAUACAUACAUACAUACAUUGAUAAGUGUACUUAUAAGGAGAAAGGAAGGUUGCAGAAGAAAAGACCUGGACAAAGCUAGUAACAAACCUUUCUCCUCCCAGCCAAAGACCGUAAGGCUAAAGUCCCUGUGGCAGUUCAGGAUGAGGGCAACUGGUACAUGGCUUGGAAAUUCUAAAACACCAGCCAGCAACAAAGCUAAGAUGGCUAAGAGGUGGCUAGAAUUCCAAUUCCACCCCCCACCCCCACCUUACCCCUACAAUCAACAGCUGAGAUUGCAGACAAGCACAGGGCUGACUGUAGAAAAGUCAAGCCUGCCUGUAAUGAGAAGGUGAAAAUGAGAGAAAGGAGUUUAUGAAAUCUCAUAGGAACUGUCAAUAAAAAUCCUUAGAAGUAGACACAUUGCACAUAUAGAAACAGGCACAUUGGUAAAUAGGUGUCAUAAAUAUUGUUUAAAUAAGAGUUGGUAUUUUUUGUAUAAUAAAAUCUCCCUUGCAACAAAGGGAAGAAAAAACUUCACUCUUGGUCUGUGGUCUAUACCAUUCUCAACCUUGGCAGUUUUAAGAUGUGUGGACCAACUCCCAGAAUUCCCCAGCCAGCAUAUGAUUUGCUCCAACAGUCUCAUAGAAUUUAUUCUGAAUAAAGAAUGAAUAGUGAAAAUGAAACAACAUUUUUUAUUGAACCCUGCUUGCUACAUGUUAGACUCAUUUUUUUCUAACCUGGAUCCCUCCCUCAUAUUUCAGAAAACCAUUAUUUUUAAAUGCAGCAGUUUUGCUAAAAUAUAAAUUCCAAAAUAGUUCAUGUAAAUAAAACAAUUAAGGCAGCAAAAAUAGUUAGAGUAUUUAUUUCUUUAUUAACUAAGGUUUACAUGAAUAAAAUCUCCAGCUGGUGGGAGCUCCUUCUACUAUGCUCUUCAGGAUUUCUAGAUGGAAGGUUUUAAUAUGUUGACUUUGCAACAUAAGUGCAAAUAACAAAUCUAUUUUUUU